CGGGUGAAAUGGUACAGCCUUACUUGUGUCCAGAUCCGCGUUUCUUUGGCACAGAUUGUGACAAGAACUGUUCAGAUGCAUGCGUGAACUCCCGCUGUGAACUACAGGAAACAACCCUGGUCUGUACAGACGGAUGUAUUGACGGUAAGAAGGGAAUAUACUGUCAGGAAGAUUGUCUGUCGACAUGCUCCAAGUGCGAACGCUACGGAAUUGUUUGUCUACAGUGUCGGGAGGCACUUAGCUAUGGAAAGAAGUGUGACAAACGUUGUCCUCCAAACUGCAAAGGUGGAUGCGCCAAAGAGACUGGUAUUUGCACAACGUGUGCAUCGGGGUUUAAAGGAGCCAAAUGUGAAACACCUUGCAGGCCAGGUUGUGAGGUAUGUCCUCGUUACACGGACGGAUGUUUCACGUGUUUGUCUGAUCGCUAUUACGGCAAGGACUGCAGGUUUCCUUGUCCACAGAACUGUCUUCAAUGCAAGAAAGACACGGGAGACUGUAGUGAGUGUGUGCAUGGAUACAGCGGGAAACAGUGCACCGAACAUGUACAGAAACUGGACCCUAAUACCAUCCUCAUCACGUGUUCGGUCCUGGGAGUUGUCUUGUUUGGAGGAGUCUUGUUGUUCCUCCACAGACUUUGCACUAACAGACACCAGAGGAGACCGGAGACAAAUCCACCAACUGGCAGUCAGAACACGUCAACCAUGGACGUGAGGGCGAGACAUGGAACGCUGAAUCAUGAAUCCAGGGAUUAUGAUGUCCCUCAUAAAUACUGGGAGAUCCAUGAUACUGACCUAGACACAGUUACACAGUCAACUGCAUCUGUACAAACUGGAGACAUGGAUGGAGCAUCUAAUACAAUGAGGUAUCACCCCAAACCAGAUAUCCCAAAGGAAACGAUGUGA